AGAUCUCGUCCUAUACUGUAUAUGUGACUGUGUUAUUGAAGAAAGGAUCAUCUCUAGUGGUGGUUCUGUGUGUAGCGCUUUGUUGCUUGAACGGAAGGCUUUUCGCUGCUUCUAAAGAUCGUAUUCGAGUUUCGAUUUCGUACAAAAAACUCCAACUUUUCAUGAUGACUUCAACCCCUGGGUCGCCGAAACUGCAGCCGCAGUUCUCGCUACUCCCAAAAAUAUUGAACGGAGGCAUUGCAGGAAUCAUCGGAGUUUCUUGUGUUUUUCCCCUGGAUCUCGUGAAGACCCGGUUACAGAAUCAGCAGGUUGGCCCGAAAGGAGAAAAGAUGUACAACUCCAUUGCUGAUUGCUUUAAGAAGACUGCGAAGGCGGAAGGCUUUUCCGGCAUGUACAGGGGUUGCGCUGUAAAUGUGCUUUUUAUUACCCCGGAAAAGGCAAUCAAGCUUACUGCUAACGACUUCUUCCGUCAUCAAUUGCGCACAAAAGAUGGGAGGCUUCCUUUGUUUCGUGAAAUGAUGGCCGGUGGGGGUGCGGGUUUGUGUCAAAUCGUUGUCACAACACCUAUGGAGCUCUUGAAAAUUCAGCUUCAGGACGCUGGUCGAAGUACGAAGGGCCAGGGCGCCGUUCGUGCAUCAGCCUUACAGAUUGCUACUAGCCUUGUGAAGUCAAAGGGAAUAUCUGGCCUAUACAAGGGUACUCUAGCGACAGCUUUGCGAGAUGUAUCUUUUUCUAUCGUGUAUUUCCCCCUGUUCGCAAAUUUGAAUGCUUUGGGUCCUCGGAAGCAAGGUUCAAAUGAGGCUGUGUUUUGGUGCUCGUUUUUGUCCGGAUGUCUUUCUGGGUGCAUAUCUUCAAUUCUUGUGACGCCGUUUGAUGUUGUGAAGACGAGGUUGCAGUUGCUGAGGAAAGGGAUUGGGGAAACGUCAUAUACCGGUGUGCCUGAUGCUUUCAGGCGAAUUUGGCAAAACGAAGGACCCCGCGCAUUUUUCAAGGGAGGUGCGAGCAGAGCACUCGUUAUCGCUCCUCUGUUCGGUAUUGCACAAGUGGUGUAUUUCUUGGGUGUCGCCGAGUACUGCCUCGGAUUGGAGUGCUAAGAAGCAUCCGUUUUUUGAAGGACUAGUGGAUUGAGCGUUUUCUAAUAAAUUGCGCCCAAAUACGUGCAGUCAUUGAAGUAUGUGCAAUAUUGUUGACAAUUUUGUUCGACAUUCAUUAGAUUGGCCCGCUUUUUUUGUUUUUAGUGUAGGAUGUUGACCGUGGUGAAACGCACUUGUCGGUUUUGUUUUAUGAUCAUCGUUCAGAAUGAAUUCAAUGAUCAUUUCAAUUUUUCUGAUGACUUCCGAGAUGACAUAUUAGGCUUCGUGAAGCUGCGUUGUAAUCGGGCUUUCUAAAUCAACUAUGACUACAGGAUAUCGUUGGAGAGUUGGAAAGUUAAGCUCGAUGUGAUUUGCCUCACUCUUCGCGAGGUAGAUUUCAUGAUGUAAUCGAUGAGUGAGAAUCUCUUCCGUCGAUUUCGAAAGAGUAACGGAAGAAGCUUCCGUUGAACAGAAGUGUGCAAAAUUUGAAUUUUCCUGUUCCGUAAUGAAAGAGAGUCUAGAUCCUUA